AGUACAGUAGAGCAAUUUGAGCCGCCGAAUCGAGCUAACCGCUUACCGCUUGCCGGACAAACGCGUUCCGUUUUCCCUCCGCUUCCAUUCGAUUUUGGCCACUGUCGUCGUCGGUUGUCGAAAUGUCCGCGUGAAGAUAGUGUUAACCUUUUCCACUACCAAGGGGCGGGUCAUAGUUAACAUUUAAAGUUAGAAAUCCUUUGGGCCAAAACAAAAAAAGCGAUCCUAACCAUCCAUCCAUCCAUUUACCGGGGUCUCUUUACGGGGGAUCGUUGUGCGUUUUUUAUCGGUGUCACGUUGUCGCUUUUUCGCUAUGAGUGCUGUGCUGAGGUGUUCUUGGAAUCCGAAAAAAAAUAAUAAAUAAUAAUAAUAGUUAAAAGCAAAAACGUUGGCAAAAAAUCCACUGAAUGAGCAAGAAAGUUAUAUAAGGCCCGAACCGGAUUUAUUUAUUUAAUUAUACAUACAAAUGUGACCAAAACAAAAACAAAAAAAAACAGACUGACAACAAAACACGGCUUUGGGAUAUAUACUUAAACCGUAAAACCAACCAACCAACUCAAAUACAAACCGAUCCCGAUAUAUAUAUGAUCGCCCAUCAAUUUAAUUUAAUCAAAGAACGUAAAUCAAAUUCAAUGAACAAAUAAAUUUGCGCACUCCAACGAGCCAAUAAAAAACGGAUCAAUAAACCGAAAUACAUUUAUACAUAUAUAAACUAAUAUCUGGCAACGCUGUUAGUUUUUGGAUUGUAACGGUUAUUCACGACAAUUUACUCACGCCCCGAAGUCGAGGCUUUUGAGUAGGCAUGGGAAACUCCUCGUCACACACGCACGAACCACUCGAGCGCGGCUUCACACGCGGAAAAUUCGGUGACGUUAAAAAUGGGAAAUCCGCUUCCUUCCGAUUUAGCAAGAAAUCGCCGAAGAAAAUGGAUCGUCUGCGUCGCUCUUUUCGCGACUCCUUCAGGCGUCGCAAGGAUCGCGUUCCCGAAUCCUCGAAGCCGCAUCAAUGGCAAGCGGAUGAGGAGGCCGUCAGAUCGGCCACCUGCUCUUUCUCUGUGAAGUAUCUGGGAUGCGUCGAGGUCUUCGAGUCGCGCGGUAUGCAGGUCUGCGAGGAGGCACUCAAGGUCUUGAGGCAAUCCCGCCGACGCCCUGUCCGAGGACUACUUCAUGUCAGCGGAGAUGGCUUGCGCGUGGUGGACGAUGAGACCAAGGGCUUAAUAGUGGACCAGACCAUCGAGAAGGUCAGCUUCUGUGCACCGGAUCGGAACCAUGAGCGUGGCUUUAGCUAUAUUUGCCGAGAUGGAACCACUCGUCGCUGGAUGUGUCACGGUUUCCUGGCGUGCAAGGAUUCCGGCGAGCGAUUGUCUCAUGCCGUGGGCUGUGCUUUUGCCGUUUGCCUAGAGAGGAAACAGCGUCGUGACAAGGAGUGCGGCGUGACGAUGACCUUCGAUUCGAAGAAUUCGACCUUUACGCGGACCGGAUCUUUCCGCCAGCAGACGUUGACGGAACGUCUAGCCAUGGCCACGGUGGGCACAAAUGAGCGAAGCGUAGAUGGUCCGGGAUCUGCAAUGCCAGGACCACCAGCGGCCACCGUUAAGCCUUACAAUCCCUUCGCCAUCGAACGGCCACAUGCUACGCCGAAUAUGCUGGAACGUCAGAGCUCCUUCCGUUUGAGCACAAUUGGCAGUCAGUCGCCAUUCAAGCGCCAGAUGUCACUGCGCGUCAAUGAUCUUCCGUCCAACGCCGAUCGUCAGAGGGCUUUCCUGGCUGCCGCUGCUGGGAAUCCGUUGCAAACGCCGCUACGAAGUGUAUCACCAAUUGCCGAGGUUUCGCCGGCUAAGAGUGCUGGGGCGGAUCCGUCGGCGGCCGCCGCUGUUGCCGCCGAUUCGGUGAGCCAACUGUGCCAGGAGCUCAGGCAGGGUCUCUCCUUGUUGACCCAAACGGAUGCUCUGAUGGCCGCCGGCGAUGAUCUGAACUUCAACAACAAUCGCAGCAUUAACCAGAACAUCAUUGCCGCCGAGAAGCAAGUUCAGCAUGUAAUUUCGCACAGCGGAACGCCUACGGCACAGGUGACGCCCCGAAUGGCCAGUACCACGCCCACUUAUCAGACCCUAUACUCACAGUCGCCUACCCGAUCAGAGCAGAGCAUCGAAACCUCAACGGAGCUGCCAAAUGCCGAGCAGUGGUUGGGUCAGGUGGUGCGUAGUACUUCUCCGGCUGCACCCAAGCGGCCCAGUUAUCUGGCCAAUGUAGGCCGAGCUCAAACACUGGCCAGUGGCGGGGCGGCGGGAGCUGCAGCUGGAGCUGGUGGCCCAGAUGAUCCAUUUGACGCCGAAUGGGUUGCCAAUGUGGCGGCAGCUAAGCAACUGUCUCCAGAUUUGCCGCUACCUAGCACUGCGCGCUCACCUCUGGCCAGGCACAGCACCAAUCCGUUCAUCUCACCGCCUAAGGCGCCGGCGCAGACAUUCCAGGUGCAGCUCUAGGCAGCGAAUCCCGGGGUCACCAUGGGGGACAAAGUGUGGUUCGCUUGAAAAAGACGUAACUUAGUUUAAAAUUCAGGGGCAGGAUCAGGAUCAGGCCAAAUGCAGAAGUUGGAACAUAGAUGGAUGGAUGGCUGGAUGGAUAGGAUGGAUGUUAUCAGAGAUACUUAACGCAAACAUAACUAAUGUUGAAUUAUGCAUAUAGAAAAAAUAUAAAAACAGUUACUUAUACACGCAGAACGCAUCAAGUACAGUAAAUAAACCCAUUAAUGGCGCUUAGCACUAGGCCAAAACUCAAAUAGCUUCGAGUAAAAGGAAAUCAUUAGAUCGUAAGAGAUCUUAAACCGACUAUCAGUCUUAUAAGAAAGGUCUGUAUAUAUGAAAUUUUACGACUUGCAACUUUCAAAGACUUGAGUGUAAUAUUUCACAGUGUUUUCCCAGAUUAAAAGACCGUUUUUAAUUGACUAGACUGAUAAAGGUUAAGAUCCCUUAGUCACCCAACAAUUGACCAAGCUACCAAGUUACCCACGAAAGUCCACCAUAUAAAAAGUAAACAAAAACUAAAACAAAUGGCACCCUAAAUCUUAAAUGAUAAAAUCUGUAUUAUACUUUGGUAAUGCCCUUCCACUACUUGUUGAUUGAUCCCACUAAGAAUAAUGAUUAAAUACAGAUUAUGUAUGUUGAUAUGUAAGUAACUCUAUGUCUUAGAGCCAAUUAUUAUUUUGUCAGUGUACGACGGUUCACCGUUUUUAUAUCAAAUCUUUAAUUAUUUAAUUUAAUUUUUAAAUGUGUACAAAAUGUAUUAUACUUAAAUUAUAAAUAUAAUUUUAAAAAAAUAAAACAAAAACAAAAGAAAACGAAAACGAAACAAAAAAUAUAAAUAAACUUCAAGUUAUUUAAACUUACAAAUCAAGCAGCAAAAUACAAUGCAACUAAUAAAGACGAUAUAGAAAUAUUGAUAAAAAUAAAGUUAUAUAGAAAUCUAUUACGUAUAUUGUAAAAGACAGAGCAGAGAACAGAAAUACAUUCGAUUUGUGUGCUUAA